ACCAGACGGAGUGCAUGGAACAUGUUUCUCUCCGGGUCGUGCAGUGGUCAGACGUCUACAGACUAGAUAAAGGGGAACAAGAGGAUCUAAAAGGAUGAGUCAUCGCUCUCGAGCGUCCAGGGUGCAGCAGCAUGUCCACUGUGACUCCUGCUACAGCCGGCGCUGCAGGGCCCGGGUGGAGGUCUCUGUGUGCUGUGCAGUCAUCCCCUGCCGCCUGCACUGUGGAGCUCUCUUCCACCUGUGCAAAGAGGAGGAUCACCUGCUGCUCUGCCCUAAUGUGAGGGUGCCGUGCCUCAAUGCGGGGUACGGCUGCCCGGUCCAGCUGCCCCGCUCCUCGCAGGCCGCUCACCUCCAGGUGUGUCCGGCCAGCGUGGUGUGCUGCUCCAUGGAGUGGAACCGCUGGCCAGCCCACGAUGCUCACUCCUACCCCAGCCCAGAGCUGCACGAAAACCUGCUCAGAGAAAAGGAGCAGGAAGGAUGUCUGGACCUGGCCAUGGCCCUGAAAGACCAGGACCGCCUGUUUCACUCCAUGAAGAUGGAGAAACUGUUCCCUGAGCUCAUCCAGAGUGUAGAGGAGGAGGAAAAAGAAGAAGAAAGAAGGGAGAAGGAGAGGAGGAGGGAGAGGCAGAGACAGAAAAAAGCUUCCUUGGAGAAGGAGGCAGCAGAAAGGGAGGCCAGUGCUCAAACUUGGGAGUCUUUUGUCACGCUUAACAUCCAAGACAAGGAUCAAGAUGAAGAAGAUGAAGAAGAAGAAGUUGAGGUUGAAAAUGAUCCGUUGUUGAGUCAGGAGGAGAGAGAGGCCAUUGCCAGGGCCCCAGGUAUUGAUGCUAAUGACUUAGAAAACUACAAUGUCUGGGAGCGCAUGUUCAGUAAGGAGAUGGGCGGCUGCAGGGAGGCUGGAGAGGCGUCUGUGGGAGGCAGAGGCCAGGGACCAACUAAAGGGAAAAACAAAGGCCUGGGUGCUCUGAUUGAGGAAGAUGCAACAGAUGUGUGUGUGGGUGCAACAGCAUCAAACACCUGCAAACAGGUGAGCAGGGCAGGCACUGCUCGCUCCACAGCCUCCUCCUCCAGCGGCACACUGAGGAAGGAGAAAUUUGUGUAUGAAUGUGUGGAGCCCAUGAAGAUUAUCACUGUGCGCACAUUUAAAAUCCCAACCAGCUUCUCUGCCAAGCAGAGCCGCAUCCGCAACCCUGGUUUCUACAGGAGGGAGAGUCAGGCCGUGGACACCAGUGACCUGGGGGUGACGUUAAAGGAGAUGCCUGUGUGGGAGGAAAUUCAGGCCUCUCUGCUGUGCUCCCUGGAGAAGGAGCAGAGGGGUCACCUCAUCGCAGAGAGCACGUGCACAGACGCUCUGCUGCAAGACGAAGGCACUCAGACCUACAACUUCCUGUCAGCUCCCUUUCGGAGGAACACGUCGCUGGCCGAUCUGAUUGCUGGGAAACCGCUGGAGCUGCACCUUCAGCUGCAGGUGGAGAGCGUUACCAGCCGACACCACAAGGCCAGCUCCACCUUCACCUUCCUCUGCGGACAAACCUUUCAGCGCAGAGAAUAUGGCAAACAUUAUAGGAAUAUCCACAGUGACAUCCAGAUGGGUGUGAAUGGAUGGUUCGAGCAGAGGUGCCCCCUCGCGUACUUGGGCUGCACCUACAGCCAGAGGAGGUUCCAGCCGUCCACACAUGAAGCCAGCGUCACCUACAAUGAGAGUCUGGGCUGCUUUAGCCUGCACGCCACCAACCCUGUCUCUCAAGCUGACACUUCCCACACUUCUGCCGUCUCCUUACCCUCUCCUGGAGGGAGAGGAGGUCAUGCAGGAGGAGGAGAGGCAUCUCUGAACUUGCUGCCCUACGAGGUGCUUUGCCACAUGGUCACUUUCCUGGACAGUCUGUCCCUGUCUCAGCUGGCUCUGGUGUCGCAGCUCAUGAGGCAGGUGUGCUCCUCUCUGCUGCAGGACAGAGGGAUGGUCACCCUUCGCUGGGAGAGAACCAGUGACUCACAUGGAGGAGCCAGGUGGAGGGUGAAACAGAGGGUGUGGCAGUUCAGCACCUUGUUCUCUCCUGUGGACGCCUGGAGCUUCCGAGACGUGCCGUCCAUUUCGGAGCAUCUAAAGGUGUGUCCCUACUACAUGACGGAGUCCAGGACAGACAAGGUCCUCCUGCCACGUAUCAGAAAAGACGUCCAAACCAAUGCGAGCUGCAAAGGUCCCACUCUGGUCGACUUGUUCCAGCACAAGAGGAUCAUGAUGUAGAGCGACAUUCGACCGUAUGCGAUCUGUUCAUUUAUAAAAGACAUGUAGCCGGCUACACCAAGGCAUCAUGACCUGCCUGGCUUAGGUCAUAUCAGAGUCCCUCUUGUUUUGUCUCCUCAUGUCCACUGUCAAUUAGAAAUAAAAGAUCAAGAUCAAACUUGAUUGACAGUGAUGUUAUUUUGGACAUUAUCCAGAGUUUUUACUAUGAGACUGGUCAGAGAAAGUCAUUUACGUUCUCACACAGACCCUCUGGCUCUGGACGAGGUUCACCAGAGUUAAGAGCAGAUCUGAAAGCAGCAACAAAGUGCUGCCUCCCUCUAUUGGCGACCCUUGGCGCUUUCUGUCAGGCCUGUUCUUCCAAACAUCAAUGCAUAGUUAGGUACAUGUUCACUCUGACCUGAUGUCCAGCGAGACAUCCACCAGAAACCUCCCGGGAAGAAAAGCAUCACAGUUAAAACCUGAAAACUAAAGUACCAAUACAUUAGGUCACCACACGGUACCACCAGGAGCGUGUCUGAUCAGGCUUAGGUUCAUCCUGUACUAGGAAACGGGCAGCCGAGACGAAGAAGUACUCUUCACUUACCUGUAUAUCUCAGUGCAUCAUGUUAUAUUUGUCAAUAUUCACAGCGGUUUUCCACAGUAGCUUGUUGUAAAAGUGCAAAUUUGCUGUGUUCUGAGUGUGAGCUCAGUCUGACUCAGUAUUUUCAGUAUGAGCAGUGGUGUAAGAGCACUAGACAUUAUUCAUUUUGUUUUGUUGUGUAAAGAUGUUAUCUUUGGUGUGUCCUGUUUGAGGCUAUGUUGUCUCUGCCUGGAUAAGACAACAAGCAGAGGAGCUGCGGCCUGAGGUAACGAUC